AUGUCAGCGUUGGAUUCCGGGUCCGGAUCCAGCGGUGCACUUCCACCUGCUGAGCCCAUACAGGGCCAUGAGACAGGCCCGCCUACACUGGAAACACUGAUUUCACAUCUGGUCGCAGCAAAAAGGUCCUUGUCAUCGAUUAACCAUGUCUGGCGGGCAAAUGAGAUUGUUACAACAGCUCGCUCCACGCUGGAGGAAAGCGUCGUGGUUUCCGCGCGCACAGGCUUUUUACGCAGCGGUCUGAACAAUCAGCUGCGACUGCUCUACAAUGUGCGAGCCGAGGUAGAGGAAAUAUCCCUGAGGGGGCGCUCGGAAUUCGCUGGGGCUCUGAAAAGUCUCGAUGCAGCUGACGUGCGCCUGAAAAAGACGCUUGGGCUGCUUCGAGAAACAAUCGUGCAUGCGUCCUUUCGUCCUGAGGGGGAAGAGCCUAAGAGCCUACAUGAUUUCGUGGACGAGCGUGGUGUUGAGGAGCUCCACGGCACACUGAAAAGCUCGAUCGAUCGUACCAAUGCCGCGCAGGUGGAAUUAGACUCUUCCAAUCAUGCUUUCGAUGACGAGCUACAGUCAAUCAAAAAAGCGUUAGGGAAUUAUCGGGCCACGACAAAGCUGGCAUCCUCCCGCUCCUCCGUUUCCUCAUCAGGCUCGCAGUCGGGAUCUAGCUCCAGUUUCCCGUCUCUUUCGUCAAUGCCGUCGAUGGUGCACUCGCUCGAGACGCACGCGCAAGAGAUGGCGAAUCUGCUAGAAUCAUUAGUCCAACAUUUCGACCUCUGCGUCACGGCCGUUAAACACACGGAAGGCGGAGGAGCUGCUGCUCAAUCAAUAACAGGAGACAUCCCUGCCGGGGUAAUCAGCAGCCGCGGCGAUCCAGAUCAUGAAACGGAGAACAUAACCGCAAACGUGAACGCCCCACUCGACCCCCUUAGUGAUACGGAAUAUCGAGAAAUGGUAAAAGUAAUCAUCGAUGACGCCGCUGAGGCGGAAGAUGUCGUGAUGGAGAUCCAAGACCGGAUCGGAGAGAUGGAAUCCGCCAUGGAGCACCUCCUCGCCCAACGAGAUACGUUUCUCGCCGUCUACCAAGCUACUAAAGAAGUUUACAACCACCUAUCAUCCCUUGCAUCUGCUCGCUUACCCGGAUAUAUUGCGCAGGCUCACAGUUUCACCGGCGUAUGGAAUGACGAACACGACCGCAUCAAAGGCGGUCUAGCAGACCUCUCUGACCUCAGCUCCUUGUACGACGGCUUCCUUGAUGCCUAUGAUGGUCUCAUCAUUGAAGUCGCACGCCGUCGACACGUGCGCCACCGGGUCGAAAAGAUCCUCCGCGAUACACGUCACAAACUAGACGUUUUAUACGGGGAAGACGUCAACGCCCGUGAGACAUUCCGAGUCGAACAGGGCGACUUCCUCCCGUCUGAUAUUUGGCCAGGAUUAAGCCGUGAGCCAAUGCGCGUCGAGUUUCACCGCAUUUCUGGUGGCCCGCUGAAAGGCGUGCUUGAGGAGAAUCCUGACCAGGGCCUUGACCAGGGCCCAGAAUCACAAGUAGAGGUCAGAGAGGAUGAGCCCGGGAAACCGGAAAACAACCCGCAAAGCUCGAGCUCUGGUGAAGUGCUUCCUGAUUUGCCCAAGACCCUUGUUGAGCAGGCGCUGGCUCGCCUAAACAGCAAGAGCAGAAAUAUGCUCGAGCGCCAAGAAGUUUAA